GUAGUGGGGCGGGAGAACAGCUUGAGCCCCAAAUGAGCAAGUGUGUUCUUCUGGAACUGCUAAAAUAUGGACCGUGCUGUCUCAAAAGGCAAAAGCAUCCACCAAGGACAGGGGCUUGGCGUGGUGCCCCCUCUCUUCACUGGCCUUGGGUCUGUGUCAUCUGUGCUAUCAUCCCAUUGUGGCAGAACUGGCUGAGGCUGUACGGCUACCUGCCCCAGCCCAGCCGCCACAUGUCCACCAUGCGCUCCGCCCAGAUCCUGGCCUCAGCCCUCGCAGAGAUGCAGCGCUUCUAUGGGAUUCCUGUCACGGGCGUGCUUGACGAAGAAACCAAGGCGUGGAUGAAGCGACCCCGCUGCGGGGUGCCGGAUCAGUUCGGGGUGCGCGUGAAAGCCAACCUGCGACGGCGGCGGAAACGCUAUGCCCUCACGGGGAGGAAGUGGAACAACCACCACCUGACCUUCAGCAUCCAGAACUACACAGAGAAGCUGGGAUGGUACCACUCGCUAGAGGCAGUGCGAAGGGCCUUCCGCGUGUGGGAGCAGGCCACACCCCUGGUCUUCCAGGAGGUGCCCUAUGAGGACAUCCGGCUGCGGCGGCAGAAGGAAGCUGACAUCAUGGUACUCUUUGCCUCUGGGUUCCACGGCGACAGCUCACCGUUUGACGGCACGGGGGGCUUUCUGGCCCACGCCUAUUUCCCUGGCCCUGGUCUGGGCGGGGAUACCCACUUCGAUGCAGAUGAGCCCUGGACCUUCUCCAGCACGGACCUGCAUGGGAACAGCCUCUUCCUGGUGGCAGUGCACGAGCUGGGCCACGCUCUAGGGCUGGAGCACUCUAGCAACCCCAGUGCCAUCAUGGCGCCAUUCUACCAGUGGAUGGACACCGACACCUUCCAGCUGCCCGAGGACGACCUCCGGGGCAUCCAGCAGCUCUACGGCACCCCGGAUGGCCAGCCACAGCCCACCCGGCCUCUCCCCACCGUAACUCCCCGGCGGCCAGGCCGGCCAGACCAUCGGCCCCCCAGACCCCCCCAGCCACCACCCCCAGGUGGGAAGCCAGAGCGACCCCCGAAGCCAGGCCCCCCAGCCCAGCCCCGAGCCACGGAACGGCCUGACCAGUAUGGCCCCAACAUCUGCGACGGGGACUUUGACACAGUAGCCAUGCUGCGCGGGGAGAUGUUCGUGUUCAAGGGCCGCUGGUUCUGGCGGGUUCGGCACAACCGCGUCCUGGACAACUAUCCCAUGCCCAUCGGGCACUUCUGGCGUGGCCUGCCCAGUGACAUCAGUGCUGCCUACGAGCGCCAAGACGGACGUUUUGUCUUUUUUAAAGGUGACCGCUACUGGCUCUUCCGAGAAGCAAACCUGGAGCCCGGCUACCCACAGCCACUGACCAGCUAUGGCCUGGGCAUUCCCUAUGACCGCAUCGACACAGCCAUCUGGUGGGAACCCACAGGUCAUACCUUCUUCUUCCAAGAGGACAGGUACUGGCGCUUCAAUGAGGAGACACAGCGUGGAGACCCUGGCUACCCCAAACCCAUCAGUGUCUGGCAAGGAAUCCCUACCUCCCCCAAAGGGGCCUUCCUGAGCAACGAUGCAGCCUACACGUACUUCUACAAAGGCACCAAGUACUGGAAAUUUGACAAUGAGCGCCUGCGGAUGGAGCCAGGCUACCCCAAAUCCAUCCUGCGGGACUUCAUGGGCUGCCAAGAGCAGGUGGAGCCAGGCCCCCGAUGGCCCGACGUGGCCCGUCCGCCCUUCAACCCCGAUGGGGGUGCGGAGCCCGGGGCAGGCGGGGACGGUGAGGAGGGCGAGGAGGGCCAUGAGCCUGGCACGGGGGGCCGAGACCAGGACUCCGGGGAGGACACCGACGAGGAUGGGGGCAGCCGUGUGGUGGUGCAGCUGGAGGAGGUCACGCGGACAGUGAACAUGGUGAUGGUGCUGGUGCCGCCUCUGCUACUGCUCCUGUGCAUCCUGGGUCUCACCUAUGCCCUGGUGCAGAUGCAGCGCAAGGGUGCGCCCCGCAUGCUCCUCUACUGCAAGCGCUCUCUGCAGGAGUGGGUCUGACACCACCCCCCUCCUGCCCUCCUGCUCCUGCGCCUCACGGUGCUAAGGGCUGGGGCUGGCGGGGCCUGUGCUUCUCAGACACCUGUGCUUCUCAGACGGCAGACGGCGCCUGGGGGCACCCAGCCAGAGCCUCCUGUGGCUCCCUCAGCCCCUGGGUGGGGGCCCCUCCAGGCCCGCUGACAUCCCUGCCAACCCUGCCCCAUUGAUUAUUUAUGCCCGGGUUUUGUUUUUCUUUCUUUCUUUCUUUCUUUUUUUUUUCACACUAAUUGAGUAUUUCAUUUCUACUUUCCUGACCAGAAGCAGUGGUCCCUUAGGACAGGGAUCAGAGCUUUCUAGAUGUAGUUCUGCUCUGGACAGGGAGUUAGCCCCGCCUUAGCCACAGCCAGAGGAGCAGGGGGUCCAAAGGCCCCGCUGGAAGGUGGCCAAAGGGUUCCUGCGGCUCCUUCCAGCCCUGGGCCCCGCUCAGCCUGAGCUGGCUUUGGAGACUGGUGGGGCCCCCACCUGAAUCUCUGCCUUAGGAAGAGCAUUCACCUGGGGCAGCCUCAGGCCACAGAGGUCAGAAGGGUCAAGGGGCCUACUGGCCAUGAGUCACUUGGAGUUUUGAUUCCUUCCCCACCCACCCCUCUCAACCCGUGACCCAGGCUUCUCUUGCCUAAGACUCCUCCCCUGGCCCUGGCUCUGGCCCUGGCCUGCCAAGGGCCCCACAGUCCCCAGUUCCCACAUUACCACUUGAGCCUCCACCUCCUCCCCUCUCUUCAGAAGCAGCCCUGGGCCUGCCUUACUAAGGACCAAAGGGGGUUUGCCAAGACCCCUCCACCCAGGGGCCUCCCUCCAGCCAGCUCCCAGCCCCUGUCCGCUCCUCUCUGACCUAUGAUCCACCUGGGUUCCUGCCCUGGGCCUCCUCCCUCUCUCCCUCACCCAUACCACAGUCCUCAGGGGUCUCAGAACCCCAUCAGCCUCAGGCACCCACUGCCAGGUCCCAGCUGCCCUGAGGAGACAGGGGGCUGAUGGGCACCCACAGCCCCCCAUGUACCAGACUUGACGGCUCCUCCGUCUAGCUCCCUGUCCCUCAGGGCGCUGGGAGGAGGGACACUGGCAGAGAGAGGCCAGGAGCUCAUCCCCUCAUGCAGACUUGUGGGACAUGGCUGUAGAUCCCCAAGGAGCUCACUGUGGCCUGGAGACUCCCCUUCUCCCUGGCUCAGCCCUAAAGGCAGGGACACUUCCUCCUUCUUUUCCUUCCCAAAGCAGGAGGCAAGGCUGCUGUGGAAAUGGUACUGUACAGCCGGCUCUGUCCCCUGUGCUUCCCCGUAGCCCUGAGCAAGAGGGCCUGCCACCCGGACCCCCGAGGGCCCCUAGAGGGAGAGGCGUCUCACGGGCUGGCCCGGAACACAGGUCUGGCAGCUUGCUCCCCUCUCCGUCCUCGGAACCGGAGGGCCAGCCAAGGGAUGGGGGGUGGGGGGCAGCGUCCACCCCCAGGCAUUUCUUUCUGUAAAUACUCUGCACUGAUUAAAUUGUACAGCCGGCAA